AACAUGUAAGAAGAAUUGUUGAGAUCUAAAGUGCAGUCAACUUUUCCUAUUUAAUCAGAAAGAUUAAUGUAAUAGGAGAUUGAAUAAGAAGAUCAGGCCAAAGAUCUUUACAAAAUGAUUGAUUAAGGAAUAGUAUAUUAUAAAAAUGGGCAAUAUACAUUCGCAAAGGUUGUCUUAUAUAGGAGUUCUAGUACUCUUCUUUCAUAAAUCAAAUAGAACAGUAUGAAAUAUUUUAUCUAUAAAGAAAUUUCUGAAUAGGAGAAACCAAUAGCAAUGGAAAAAUUGUAAGAUGGAGUUAGACUUGCUGAAUAAUGUAACAAAUAAAUUACAUAAAAACAACAAUAAAUUGUUAAACUUGAUCAAUAACUUUUUAUAGGCUUAAAAAGACCCAUACUGCCAAUAAAUAAUUGAGACUUCCAUGAUUAGAAAAAUCGAUGUCGGUUUUGAAGAUAUAAUUGGUUUAGAACACAUCAAAAAUCAACUUGAAGAAACUAUUAUUUUGCCAAAUUUAAGACCAGAUAUAUAUACCGGUAUUAGAGCUCCUCCGAAAGGUAAAUUUUUUAAUUAUAAAAGGAAUUCUUUUUUAUGGUCCACCAGGUAAUGGAAAGACUUUGCUGGCCAAAGCUGUGGCAAAUUAGAUUAAAUGCUGUUUUUUCAACAUAAGUGCUUCAACACUAGUGUAAAAGCAUUUAGGAGAGGGAGAAAAAUUAAUGAGAGCACUAUUUGAUGUGGCCUUUUAAUUAUAGCCUUCUGUCAUUUUUGUAGAUGAAAUUGAUUCAAUACUAUCAAAAAGGUCACAAAAUGAACACGAGGCAAGCAGAAGAUUAAAAACUGAAUUUCUAGUAUCUUUUGAUGGAAUUCAAUCUUCAGAUUAAGACAGGGUGUUUUUGAUUGCUGCCACAAAUCGACCAUAAGAUAUAGAUGAUGCAGUGCUAAGAAGAUUUGUAAUUAGAAUUUUUUAAUUAAGACUGUAAAAAUAUUGAUAGACUAACCAGAAUUAAAAGUUAGGGUUGAAAUGGUUAAAUCUCUCCUUAGUAAAGUAAAGAAUAAUUUGACAGAGUAAUAAUUUCAAUAAGUUGCAGAGAAACUUCAAGGUAUAUGAUAUUAUAAUUUAAUUAGGUUAUUCCGCAAGUGAUAUCAAAGCAGUUGUUAAGGAAGCUUGUAUGCGACCAUUGAGGACAGAUCGAACUUUAAUUUUAUCAAUACAUCGUCAGGAUAUUAGGGCAGUUUCGAAAGAAGACUUUGAUUUUGCCUUAGAAUAGGUGAAACCUACUUUAUCAUAAUAAUAAUAUGAAGAAUACGUUAAAAACUUUAAAUGA